UGGAAUUGGUGAAUAAAUUAAGUUUAAUUUUCUGCGUUAAUUUUACUGUUUCACUUGACUGUGAACCGUCAAACGUCUGCAGGCAGCCUUUUGAGGGCGACUAUAAAAUACAUAAAAUAAAGCUUAUUUUUGUUAAACAUUUUUGACAGCCGGACAUUCUACGGGGAGGCGAAAAAUUCUGAGCGAAAAAUAAAAACCUAACCUAAAAUCCUAAUGACAUGUCAUACAUAAAACAUAACCUAUUACCUACCUAAACAAUAAUAUAUUGGUGAAUAAAUAAAUACACAUUUUUAUGCCAAUAAAUUAACUAAAAAAACCUUGAAAAUGCGAGAUAUAUUUUUAUCAAGUUGUGAGAAGAAUUUUAUACAAAAAAUUGUCUCUGAGGGCCAUCGUUUAGACGGCAGGAAUUAUAAUGAAUCUAGAAACCUCAACAUAUCUUUCGGUUCUGAUUACGGCAGUUGCAUUGUAUCAUUGGGAGAAACAAAAGUUCUCUCACAAGUAACAUGUGAAGUGACACAACCAAAACAAAUAAGGCCUAAUGAGGGUAUUUUGUAUGUAAAUGUGGAGAUUGGACCCAUGGCCGCCCCACACUUUGAAGCCAACCGUCAGACAGACCUCUCUGUUUACUUAAACAGAUUGCUGGAAAAGUGCUACAAAGACUCAAAAUGUAUUGAUCUGGAGUCACUGUGUAUUGUUGUGGAGGAAAAGGUGUGGUCACUGAGAGUGGACAUAAAAGUAUUAAACCAUGAUGGUAAUGUAAUUGAAUGUGCCAGUAUUGCAUCUCUCACUUCUCUGGCUCACUUCAGGCGGCCUGACUUCACUCGCAGUGGUGAUAGUAUUAUCUUUCAUACACUCAGUGAGAAGGAUCCAAUACCUACUGUGCUCUAUCAUUAUCCAGUGUGUACUACAUACUCAAUUUACAAUGGAGAUAUUUUACUAUCAGACCCUAACUUUAUUGAGGAAUCUGUGUGCAUCAGCAACACAGAAGAAGGAGUAUUCACUGCAGGAGGAUUGCUUGUAGUUGGCAUGAAUCAAUACAAAGAAGUAUGCCUAUUGGAUCUUACAGGAUCUGCAAUAUUCAACUCUAAAAUUGUUCAUAAAGCCAUCACUCAAGCAGCUGAAAAAUGCAAGGACUAUGUUGAUAUUGUGAAAAAAGCUAUUGCCUCUGAUGAUAACUUGAGACAGAAAAGGGCUAAGAUCAAUUUUGCAGAUACAAUAACGACUGAACACAUGCUGGCGCUUAGCAAAAAGGAUUUAAAUAUCCGCCUUAAGAAUUACAAUGUCGAUGAUCUAAGUAAAAAUGAUGAAACUAUGUCGGGAUGAUGAUGAUGCAGAAUCAAUAGAUGAUGAAGAGUGUAGCAAAUAUGAUGUAAUAUCAUCACUCCCACAUACGGCUGAGGUGGUGUCAAAGAAAGGAUCAUCAAAGUGGAUAGAAAUAUCAUCAGAAUCAGAGGAAGACUGAUAAUAAUACAACAUAAUCUGUUAAAUAAAAUGUAAUAAAUUUACAUUUCAA